AUGCAGCGGCCGGGGGAGCCGGGCGCAGUGCGCUUCGGCCCGCCCGAGGGCUGCGCCGACCACCGGCCGCACCGCUACCGCAGCUUCAUGAUCGAGGAAAUCCUCACUGAGCCUCCGGGGCCCAAGGGCGCCGCUCCUGCCGCCGCCGCCGCCGCCGCGGGCGAGCUGCUCAAGUUCGGCGUGCAGGCUCUGCUGGCGGCGCGGCCCUUCCACAGCCACCUGGCCGUGCUGAAGGCCGAGCAGGCGGCGGUGUUUAAGUUCCCGCUGGCGCCGCUUGGCUGCUCCGGGUUGGGCUCGGCGCUGCUUGCCGCGGGGCCUGGGCUGCCCGGCGCUGCCGGCGCGCCGCACCUGCCGCUCGAGCUGCAGCUCCGCGGGAAGCUGGAGGCGCCUGGCGCCGGGGAGCCGGGCACCAAGGCCAAGAAGGGGCGUCGGAGCCGCACCGUGUUCACCGAGCUGCAGCUGAUGGGCCUAGAGAAACGCUUCGAGAAGCAGAAGUACCUCUCCACGCCCGACAGAAUAGAUCUCGCCGAGUCCCUGGGUCUGAGCCAGUUGCAGGUGAAGACGUGGUACCAGAAUCGAAGGAUGAAGUGGAAGAAAAUAGUGCUGCAGGGCGGCGGCCUGGAGUCUCCCACCAAGCCCAAGGGGAGGCCCAAGAAGAACUCCAUCCCCACGAGCGAACAGCUCACGGAGCAGGAGCGCGCCAAGGAGGCAGAGAAGCCGGCGGAGGCGCCGGGCGAGGCCGGCGACCGGAGCCACGAGGACUGAGCGCGGCAGAGGGUUCGGGCCCAGGGAACCCCAGCGCAGUCCGCGGCCCCCAUAACCCGCCGGAAGCCGCGAG